CGCCUUCAUGACCUCUUCUCACAGCUCCAAUGGAGCAGUCUACCGCUGUUCCACCCCAGUGAAGUUCUCGCCUUCUCAUGGCGUCGAUUUACCGCUUAUCUGCCUCCGGGCUGGCUGCCAAACGCCCUGCUUACCUCCUGUGCCGACGGUGUUGCCCGCGUCUGGAUCGAGAGUCUUGCAAUUGAGGAUCGUUACGCCUGGACCCAACCCAUUAACUUUAAGGUCCCGCCCGCCCAGGAGCGUUUGCGGUCUGACUGUUCUUACGUUACAAUUGGCGUCAGCUGUGCUCUCCCGGCCAUCCUCCUGCGACACCCCGUGCUGAAGCACUAUCUUAAAGUCUGGCUCUGCCACCCCUUCAACGACUCAGAGCUAAGACAGGACAGCACGCUCUGGCAACAACUUUUCACGCCAGCUCCUGCCUUUACCUCCGCAAAAUUCACUCUUGUGGCCUCAGUGAACGCAGCUGACUCAAACAUCCCCGUGCCGGCUUUACCUCCCGGCUUCUGUCCUCAAGGUGGCUCGCGAUGCGUAAACUACAUUGUCCACUGGCUGAACAACAAGUGUCUUGGCGCCGACGAACAGUUUGCGCGCGUCCUCACGCAAUUUAUUGCUGAGUUGGCCAAUCUACCAAUCGGAGACCCAGGUGAAUACUCUAUUCUUUUAAAAUGCCAUUUCUUCAUGUCAGUGCCUUUUGGUUUUUGGUCUAUCGCUUGUUCGUCCCUACCUUGGUAA